UUUCUCUCUGCCCUCUGACUCUUUGGGACACAGGAAGUUGGUCUAUAACAACAACGGAAACUGAAUUUAUUCUAAAUAUGGAUUAAAAAUCGAAAGUGUUGUUAUUGUAUUUGGAGGCUCGGACUGUUGGAGUAUCUGAUUUAAGAGAUGAUGUCUCACACGGCGAGGAGUGGAGACAUCAUCCACCUGAAUGUCGGAGGGAAGAGGUUCAGCACGUCCCGACAGACGCUGACGUGGGUUCCUGACUCCUUUUUCUCCAGUCUUUUGAGCGGUCGCAUCUCGACUCUGAAGGAUGAAACUGGAGCGAUCUUCAUCGACAGAGACCCCUCGCUGUUCGCCACCAUCCUCAACUUCCUGCGGACCAAAGAGCUGUACCCCCGCACCAUCAACGUGCACAUGCUCAUGCACGAGGCCGAGUUUUACGGCAUCACGCCGCUGGUGCGUAAGCUGCAGCUGUGUGACGAGCUGGACCGAUCGUCCUGUGGAAACGUGCUGUUUAACGGCUACCUGCCUCCACCAGUGUACCCGGCGAAGCGUCGUAACCGUCACAGCGUGGCGGGGUCGCAGUUCAUGGCAGGUCGAAUCGUGCCGGCAGAGCGAGUGCCGGUGAGACGCAGCAACACGAUGCCCCCCAACCUGGGGAACUCUGGGAUACUGGGCAGAGCGAGCACGGAGGAGAGGACGCCUGGAGGUCAGUUAUCAGACACCGGCAUGGUUCGGAUCAUCUGCGGACACCACAACUGGAUCGCUGUGGCCUACGCACAGUUUGUCGUCUGCUACAGGGUGAAGGAGUCCACCGGCUGGCAGCAGGUCUUCACCUCUCCUCGUCUGGAUUGGGUCAUCGACCGAGUCGCGCUCAACGCCAAAGUGAUGGCCGGCUCGCUGGGAGACAACGACAAGAUGGUGGCCGUCGCCUCGGGGACGGAGAUCAUCCUGUGGGCGAUCUGUCCGGACGGCAACGGGAACGAAAUCGGUGUUUUCAGUCUAAACGUGCCGGUGGAGGCCCUCUUCUUCGUCGGUAACCAGCUGAUCGCCACGAGUCACACGGGGAAGGUCGGGGUUUGGAACGCCGUCACCAAACACUGGCAGAAUCAGGACGUUGUUCCCAUCAGCAGCUACGACACGGCCGGCUCCUUCCUCAUCCUGGGCUGCAACAACGGCUCAAUUUAUUAUAUAGAUGUGCAGAAGUUUCCUCUGAGGAUGAAGGAUAACGACCUGCUGGUGACCGAGCUGUACAGAGACCCGACUGAAGACGCCAUCACGGCCCUCAGUGUUUACCUGACCCCCAAAACCAGUGACAGCGGGAACUGGAUCGAGAUCGCGUACGGGACGAGCUCGGGAUCGGUUCGAGUCAUCGUUCAGCAUCCGGAGACGGUCGGCUCGGGGCCGCAGCUCUUCCAGACCUUCUCCGUCCACCGCAGCCCGGUCACCAAGAUCAUGUUGUCUGAGAAACACCUGAUCUCAGUUUGUGCCGACAACAACCACGUGCGGACGUGGACGGUGACGCGGUUCAGAGGGAUGAUCUCCACUCAGCCGGGAUCCACGCCGCUCACUUCCUUUAAGAUCCUCAGCCUGGACGACGUGGACGGACACGGAGGCUGCAGCGCCGGGACGGAGAUCGGUCCGUAUGGAGAGAGAGACGACCAGCAGGUGUUCAUCCAGAGAGUCGUACCUGACACAGACAAACUCUACGUCAGGCUGUCGUCCAACGGAAAGAGGGUGUGUGAGGUCCGGUCAGUGGACGGGACCUCCAUCACGGCCUUCAUGGUCCACGAGUGCGAGGGCUCAAGUCGUAUCGGCUCUCGACCGCGGCGUUACCUCUUCAGCGGCCACGGCAACGGCAGCAUCCAGAUGUGGGACCUGACGACCGCCAUGGAGAUCGCCGGGAAGGUCGACAUCAGAGCGCUGGGCGGGCCUACAGAGGAGGAGCUGCUGGAGCUGUUGGACCAGUGUGACCUGGCGCUCACCAGAACACCUGACAGCACACCGAGAGCCUCCACCUGCAGUCUUCACUCUCAGCUCAGCGACGCCUUCAGGUCGGAGCGUCUCCACUCGUCGGGGGGACGAGGAGGAGGCGGAGCUUCUGGUUCUUCUGCCUCCCUGUGUGGCAGCCUCCCCCGGCACGCCCCGUCCCCUGUUCCACUCGCCAAACCACACAGGGACUCCGCUUUAUCACCUGGACCCGGCGCUGGGCCUCAUAAUCUCGCCUUCCCCGGCCCCGGCCCCGCCUUUGCCCACAACCCCUCCUCCAGUCCCCGCCCCCACAGACACCUGGACAGAGAGUGGGGGUCUGUACGCAGGGGGAGCUUCGUGGAGCGUUGUCAGGAGCUGGCGAAGGGUUCAGAGGCAGCGGGUGGAUCUGGUUUUGGGGUCCCAGCGGGGUCAGAGGGCGUCAGGCGGAGUUUAGCGGUUUGCAGCGAGUUAGAGGCCAGAUUUGGCCUCAGGACACCGACCACCUUUUCUGUGACGCCCGGUGCACGCCACUCUCUCGGAAUGCCGUCAUCAACAUCAUCCUCGUCUUCAUCCCAACGCAGGACCACGCCCACUUCCCCAACAAGCCCCGCCCCACCUCCACCUCCUCCUCCUCCUCCAGCGGUGAGCCCGACUCGCUCUCAGGCUCCCGUCUCACCCCGUCGCAGCGCCACGCCGUCUCCUCUGACGUCUCCUGUGACGUCUCCUGUGACCUCGCCUGCUGAUGUCACGGCGUCCCCGGAGAACCCGGCGAGUCCAGACAGCCCCUCCAUGGCCCCGCCCACUGCCACGCCCACCAGCCCCAAACCACACAUGAACGAGACCAGCUUCUGAUUGGCUGUUCAGACCGAGACUCUGCAGCCGACGAGUGAAAUGAAGCAAUUUGACGCUCGCAGAGAAACGCACAUGAGUCUAACAACCAAUCAGCUGUCAGAUACAGUCCUGUUGCCAUAGCAAUGAAAUGCUGCUGACUUCCUGUUAACAAGAUCACAACUUAAUGUGAGGAGGUCAAGUUUCCAAAGGCCUCAUUAAUCGAUUCGUUUCCAUAAUGACUCGUUUUAUUGUGAAAGGGCUUACUCAUAGUUCUGACCAUUUAUCAAGUCCCGCCCCUUUCAACCUAACCUGUCAAUCAUCCUGUUCUCACACAGUUUACAGUAAAAUCAUCAGAUUUAUGAAACUUCUACUGAAGUCUUGAUUUUCAGAGCGAUGUUUCCUGUGAUUGUGUUUUUAAAUUAGCACCUUUAGGCAACUCGCAUGUUACCAUGCUAACAGGCUGAGGCUAAAGCUAACAGGUCAGAGGUCAAGAUAUAUAUGACUUAAGCCCAGCGUACACUUUACGAUUGUUAAAAGGUCACUUUACGACUCAAACACACUCAACAGCACCGACAAGCUAACUAGCAGCUAAAUCAUAACAAAAAAAGGGACACAUCAAACAGGCAUGCCUGCUGUUGCCAUGGUGAUUUAUGACAUCAUCUGUCACUUUUUGUCCAAGCACAAUCAGCUCUGCUCUCACCGUCUGUGCGAGUGUGUGUGUGUGUGCGUGUGCUGUCGUACGACCAAAAACGCGCAAACAUGCCAGAGAAUCAUCCGAUUGGUCGAGAGCAGCUGAUCCGCCCUGUGAUUGGCCGUCGUGCCUCAAGUCUACACUGCACAACUAAUGACUCGUGAAGUCAGGCCGACUUCAAAAUGAGUCAAAGUCCAGGUCAACUGAAAUCGUACGGUGUGCGCCGGGCGUUAAUGUUUUAGAGUGAUACUCAUCAUGAUGUCGGACGUGUUGGCUUUAGAGUCAGGAUUACAUCGUGUCGCUGAACAUGACUCACAGCCAGGAACAAGUUUUCACCAAAGUCAACAGUUGAAGCAUCAUUGUUAGCUUAGCUUACCCAGCUGUGGGUAGUAAAACCAGCUGACUAGAGUCUUCUUUUUAUAGAAGCUCUAAGCCUGAGAACGGAUACAUGGCGUUUGUUUUUUUUAAAUCUUGACUUAUUUAUUAUUAUAUGUUCUCUGUGACAGCCAGUUAUUUCAGUCGUCUUUUCGAGGUCUGAAAACAUUAACUCGUUAUCGAGGGAGAGCUUAGGACGCUUUGAGGCUUCGGUGCUUUUCAAGUGACAAAAUCAACAAACCGGUUUUAUUGUCUUCUUCCUGAAAUAAAGGACUCAUUUUUUCAAAUGAAGUUUGAUCAUAAAUCUGUUUUUAUCACUGAAAACUGCAGAACAGAGAUGAAAGGGUUAACAACAUUAACAAUCAUGGAUGUGGUUUCAUGAACAGUCAGUCGUCCUGAUCUCUGAAGGUCUGCAGAGAUUUUUAAGACUGUUUUCUCGGUUCGUUUUCCUUCUAUUCCAGUCUCAGAGGUUUUUCAGAAUAAAAGCUGAUUGCAUUUCAAGCAGCGAGCGACUGGUCGGUAAACGAGGUGGAGCGUUCAGCAGCCGAAGGAACGGAUCGGGAGGUGGUGGAGACCAAAACCGGAGCUUAAAGGAGAACGAUUAUUAGACAGCUCUCCAACUCCUCAUGUUUCUGUGUUGAUGUUCUGCUGCCCCCUAGUGGCAGGACAUCAGUCACUGCAGCUUUAACUGAGAUGUUUUUGUACCUGUUAAUCACCAGCAGAGAAAAGGUUUUUGUUUAUGUUGAAUCUUUCUAAACUUUUAUAAAAAACUGUUUGUAUUAUAAAGUUUGUACUAAAGCCUUGUUUGAAUUUUUAUGUUUGAGUUCGGACUCAAGAAAAUUGUUGUCUUCAGUCUGAUUUGCUGCACGAAUUGUCUGAGCCAAUCAGGUUUCAGCUCUGCUUUUAUUCUUUAACAUACAGUAUGUCAAGUUUCAUAACAAUGUUUACAUUAAAAUAUCUAAAUUAAUUAAAAAUGGA